AUGCUCAAUAGCACAUAGACAGAAAUUUCGUUAUUCCACUGUUCCCUGAGAUGACAGUUUUUUCCUGAAGAGCGUGGUAGUAGCAUUUCUGAAUAUCUUUCUAAUUUCUAAUCACCGCGGGACACUAUUAACCACGUCAUGCCACCUAAGAAGAAAAAGGAGCUGCUGGAGCUGCUUCCUCCUGAGCCUGAACCCGAUGCUCCCGAGGAAGAGGAGAUGCCAUUGGCUCAGGUUCCUGUUUCCGUAGUCACCGGACAAAUCUUUGGUCCUCGAAUUCGUUAUAUCGAUGAAACUGCUGAAGAACAGAGCUCUGAUGAUGAACCUGAAUCUGAGAGUGACGAUGAGAGUAGAUUCAUCAAAGAAGAUCUUCCCGAAGUGCCCUCAGAAUUUUGGCACAUGCAGAAACUUAUUAAGUAUAUGAAAGCAGGUAAUCAGACUGCUACCAUUGUCUCGCUGUGUCUGCUGAAGGAUUAUGAGCUUACGUCCAGAAUUAUUCAACGAGCCAUACACGAAAUGGGAGGUCUCGAGAUCUUGGUGAAUCUCUUGGAAACACAGGAUAUAAAAUGUCAGCAUGGAUCCUUAGCAGUCUUACUGCAGAUUACCACAUCUUCGGAAAUGAGACGCUAUGUAAUUAAUCUUGGUAUCAUAAUGCCACUGAUACAGAUGAUGAAGCACCCUGCUAGGGAUCUCCAAGUUCUAGCUGCAGAGACUAUGGCGAACAUUGCUAAGAUGAGAAAGGCCAGGAAGCAGAUACGACUACGUGGAGGGAUACCAUUGAUAUUGGAUGUUAUGGACGUACCUGAUGUCAUUCUACAACGGUCACUAGAGGAUUUGAAUGAAGUUGAGCGGGAGUUGGUGGCUGUUGCUGUUGGCUGUGCUAAAGUAAUGGAUUCCCUUAGCAGUAGUCCUAAAAUUAAAGAAGAAUUACGAAGGCAUGGUGUGGUAUUUCUCAUGGCGCGAUUCUUACGCUCUCAACAUACCCACUUAAUAAUACCUAUGAUGGGAUCCGUACAACAAUGUGCAGAUUUGAAAGCAUUUAGAUUAGCUUUCGAGCAAAUGGGCAUAAUCACCGACAUAGUAAGACAUCUUCAGAACGAGGAUGUCAAGCUCAAAGAGAAUUGUGCGCUGGCGAUAUUCAAAUGUGCACCAAAUAAAGUCACCCGCGAUAUGGUGCGUGAAGCUGGAGGUUUAGAUCCACUGUGUAAACUCGCCCAAAGUGAGGAAGUACGUGAAAAUAAGCGUCUCCUGGCAGCAGUGACAGGUGCCAUCUGGAAAUGUGCUAUGAGUCCAGAAAAUAUAACAAGGUUUAACCAGAACAACCUGGUAGCAUCUUUGAUACCACUCUUGCAGGAGAAUGAGGACGAGGAUGUUUUGACCAACGUUGUAGGUACUCUUGCAGAAUGUUGUCAAGAUCCAACAAAUCGGGACGUUUUGCGUAUUAAUAAUGGAUUACCAAUGAUGAUUCGGCUUCUGAGUGCAACUUAUGAGCCUCUUCUAGAAAAUCUACCAUUGGUUUUCAAGGAGUGCGCAGAGAAUGAGCAAUGCAUGGACAUCAUCAAUGAUUCAGAUCAUAUCCAGGAUGGUGUACGAUUAAUCUGGUCGUUGCUUAAACAUCCUAGUAAUAUUAUCAAGAGGAAUACUUGUCUAGCGCUUGUACCUUGUAUCAAGUAUGCAAAGGACUCUCCGGAGAUGGUUCGGGCCUUCGUUGGCGGUUUAGAGUUGACUGUCAGUCUUCUAGACAGCGACGAUACUGAAGUUCUCAGCGCAGUAUGUGCCACGAUAGCAGAAAUAGCCAAAGAUCCAGAAAAUCUUGGUAUAUUGACUGAUCACGGAGUCGUAAAAAUGUUAGCUGGUUUGGUGCAGACCGAAGAUGAUAAUCUACGUGCCAAUUUGGCACUAGCUAUUGCCCACUGUUGCGAAUGGGACCGAAAUAAUUAUGAAUUUGGACGGCUUAAUGCUGUCGCGCCUCUUGUUAAUUACAUGAUCAGUAAAAAUAAGGAUGUUCUCAAAGGAGCAUGCAUUGCCUUCUAUCAUUUCAGCAAAGAACCACUAAAUUGUGUUACUAUGCAUACUUGUGGUGUUGUUAAGCAUGUUCUACGAUUAGUGAGUUCGGAUGAUCCUGAUGUGCAGAUGGCAGCGGCCACGACUACCAGGAAUAUUCGAAAACUUGCAUUGACUGCUGAGAAAUUCCAUUACAAAGAAUUGAAUUCGCUUCAGGAUAUCGAUUAUCAAAAUUGAAGAGAGAAGAUGGAACCGAUAAAAAUAUUUUUAAAUGAAACGAUUUUUGUGCGAAUUUUUUUAGUAAAUACAAAAUCAAUGCAUAGCAACAGUUCCACCAGGCACUGCUGAUCAUAAUAAGACGCUAUUGUGUUUCAUAGGUUUUACCAUAAGAAUCAAAGGCUAACUUUAGUUAGCUUGUUUGAGUUAAAAAGUCGUGCAUACAUAUAAUGGGUAUGCGAAACUGCAAUAAAUUAUUUUAUAGAUAUCUUUAAAUGUUUUUCAGAGUCUUAAGUAUAUGGAAAUGCGCUACGAAUGCGUUUAUAAAUAUAAUUAAGGUACAAUCUAUGUUAAGGGCUGGUCAAGUAAACUUAGAAAUGCAAAAUUCUGCUAUUUAAAAUUUCAUUGUAGAAGCAAAUGUAGAAAGACGCAAAGACAAAGAUCAAAUAAAGAUUGUACAAUUACAAAAAUGUUUUUUGUUUUCUUGGUAAAUGCAUAUAUUGGAAUAGACGAAAGAAAAAUGACACUUAUAUAUAAUAAUAUACAAUUUAAUUGAAACUACAAAAAUUCAUUAAACAAUAAAUUAUUAUAAUAUAACAGAUACAUUAUACAAUAAGCACAUCACUUGAAACAUAUCUUCAUUCAAUGAUACAUCCAAUAAUUUUCCUAUUAUAGUUUUAAGUGUUGAAAAAUACAGUUUCAAGAACGUCUCGAUAUAUGUGAAAUGUUAUAUAAAAUUUGUUAUUCUAAAGUUUAUGAAGUUU